GAUGACGUAGGCUACGCACACGCUGUACGUGCUGACGCUCCACGCUGGAUUUCCUGGUGCUGUAAAUACGGCGGCAAUUAAAGUUGCGCUAUAACAGUGAGUGACAGGUGAAAGAAAGGCUGUAGUUCGCCUGCUACUCACUGCUAAACGCACGCAAAAUGGCUCUUAAUAAAAAUAUGUCUGUCGAAGGUUUUCCAGCUGACUUUGCAUGGGGAGCUGCAACAGCCGCUUACCAAAUCGAAGGGGGCUGGGAUAUGGACGGUAAAGGCCCCAGCAUAUGGGACACUUUUUGCCACAGUAAAGGCCGAGUGUUUGAGGAUCACACUGGAGAUGUGGCCUGUAACAGCUACCAGCUUUGGGAUGAGGACCUGAAGUGUAUCCAGCAGUUAGGCCUCACACACUACCGUCUGUCCUUCUCCUGGUCACGGUUGCUUCCUGAUGGAACCACACGUUUUGUCAACCCACAAGGUGUAGGAUACUAUAACAAAGUGAUUGAUGACCUAAUCGCAAACGCUGUUAUGCCCAUGGUCACCCUGAACCACUUUGACUUGCCUCAGGCUCUGCAGGACCAUGGUGGUUGGAAAUCUCCAGAGAUUGCAGAUGUUUUUGACUCGUAUGCUCAGUUUUGCUUUAAGACUUUUGGGGACAGGGUGAAGCUUUGGAUUACACUGAAUGAGCCGUAUGUGUGCGCUAAACUUGGGUAUGAGAAUGGCCUUUUUGCCCCUGGCCUUAAAGAACCAGGGACCUCAGUCUACCUAGUUGGUCACAACAUGCUGCGUGCCCAUGCUAGAGCCUGGCAUAGCUAUAAUGCCCACUUCAGAUGCCUGCAGGGAGGAAAGGUGUCCAUAGCUCUUAACAGUGACUGGGCUGAACCUUUAGACCCAUGCUGUUUUGAAGAUGUGGCUGCCACUCAGCGAUACAUGGACUUUAACCUAGGCUGGUUUGCUUGCCCAGUGUUUGGCACAGGGGACUACCCAGAGUCCAUGAAGUCCAGGAUUGAGGCCCAGAACCUUAAACUAGGAUUUACUGAGGGGGAGCGUUUGCCCAAGUUUUCAGACGACGAGCCCAAGCCCUUAGGCACAGCAGAUUUCUUUGCACUGAACUACUAUACAUCACGCAAAGUGAAGGACGCAAGCUCUCGUCCCAGUGAUCUCAGUUUCACAGGGGACCAGGGAGCAGAAGCUAUAAUAGAUCCAUCAUGGCCAGUGAGUGGUGUGUCCUGGCUUGCUGUCGUGCCUGAAGGACUGCGCAAGUUGCUAAAAUACACAAAGGAGACUUACAACAACCCAGCCAUUUACAUCACUGAAAAUGGCUUCUCACAGAUAGGGCCUGUGGAAUUCGAAGACAUUGAUCGCUGCCAGUUUUAUCAGGAUGUACUUCAGCAAGUAUCAAAAGCUAUCACAGAUGAUGGUGUGAAUGUGAGAGGAUAUUUUUCCUGGUCACUUCUGGAUAACUUUGAGUGGUCAGAUGGUUUCAGUGUGAGAUUUGGCCUCUUCCAUGUGGACUUCUCCAGCGCUGAGCUAAAGCGCACCAUGUACCGCUCUGGUAGAGAGUAUGCAGCUAUAAUAAAAAGAUACCGCACCUAUAACAAGCUGGACAGCUGAAGUCAGCACUCUGAUAUCUGUACUAGACACUAAUUUGAAUGUUUGAACACUUGAAUAGCACCAAGAACAAACAAAGUAGUUGAAAUUUUUAUGAUUUUAUUGACUAAUUUAGUAGUUUGUAAAAUCCAGAAAUAUGCAAACUAUAGAAUAUAGACCUGUAGCACUUUUUAAUGCACUAUGAGUAAUGUAUGUUUAGCUGAUCCAAGGAUUUUUUUUUUAUACAAGGUGUGAUAAUUUUGAUUGCAGAGGAGCUUUUACAAUAGCCUGUCACAAAAAAUUGUGUAAAUUGUGAAUUUUGGAAUCCAUGAAGAAUCUAUACAGUACAUAUGCAGUACUGUGCAAAAGUCUUGGUCACCCUGUUUUGUUUUGUUUUUAAGUUCAAAUGUUGUUAUAGAUGUUUAUUUAGUGCCUUCUGUAUAAUUGAGUCAGUACAAAAAACAUUUUAGAUUUCCAAACAUUAAUUUUCCAGUAAAAAGUUAAAUGUUACAGUACAAUGUUUGUCAGUAAACAAAGCGACAUAUUACGUACAAGACCACUUUUCGAAUAAAUAACAUAAUGAAGGCUGCUGGGUUUUGCAUGCAAAAAAAGAAGUCAGAGUCUCAAGAAGAACUGUGGCUGGUUCUAAAAGAUGCUCUGUAAAACUUAUAAGCUAAUUUCCUUAUAAAACUGCACUAAUUAUACCUGAGACUAUUAAUUUAAAAAAGCGAAGUUAACAGAUGUUGCCUUUGUUUAGUUUAUUACUGUUUACUGCUCUUUAUAGUAUUGUUUUUAUAUAGAAACAUUUAAUUUCAUUAUUUUUAAAGGCAUCUUUGCUUUAUAGUAG